UGUACAUGUACAUGUACUUCUUCACGUUUUUGUGUGGAAUUGUGGGAGUGUGUCGAUGUCGGAAGUCCAGUGCCUCAAAGUCUGAAUUUUCGGCUGCUUUUGUCACUUAUCCACCAUAUUAUGAAAGAAAGAGAAAUUUGAAAAGAUGAGCACUGAGGCCAGAAUUAUCGAUGAGACUCUUUUUGAGAAGAGUGUACAGGAUGUUCGUGCUGAUGCAACAGACACCAGCCUACUUAUUAUUGGUCAUGUGGACAAUAAUCCUGGUCUGGUUGAUGUGGUGCACACAGAUAUCUCGAAAGGGGAGGGCUUCAGAAGAACAUUAAUUGACCUGAUGUGUGGAUGACACCAUCAUAUGACAAGUCACAUGACAUUAAAGGUUCAGAUGUUUCUCAGAUGCAUGAGUUCCUGAAAGAUGACCAAGUGAUGUAUGUCUUAGCACGGCUUGACACCACCUAUGAUAUGUCAACCACUGUUAAGUUUGUCUAUGUUCACUGGAUUGGAGUAGAUGUACCCCUCAUAAAGAAAGCACGCUUUGGAGUUGUACAUGAAUCAGUUUGUAAACACCUACAGCCUUGUCAUUUGACACUGGAAACGGACUCAACAACUGAUAUCACGAAGGAAACAAUGCUUCAGAAGCUUGAAGAAACAGCAGGGACCAUCUCCAAAGUGAUGGAAAUGAGUGACAUAGAGGGUAGACAGGAAAGAGGUUUUACACAAACACAGUCACAGAAUUCAAGUAAAAUUCCUGGAAAAUCAAGUACAGCUACAAGAAUUGCUGAGGUCAGUCGGGAAGGUGCAUCUGUCACAUUUUCACCUGAAGUUUCGGAUGCAAUAGAUGAUUUAAGAUCAGAUAACAGUCCAACUAACUGGCUGGUUGCUGGAUAUGAAGGAGGAAAUCCCAAAUCACAGAUAGUGGUUGUUAAGUCAGGAAAUGAUGGUCUUGCUGGAAUGAAAGAGCUGUUAGAGGAUAAUUCAGUGUUUUAUGGAUUAUUGCGGGUUAGCAAUGAAAUAGAUGACAUCUCUACCAUCAAGUUUGUAUACAUAACUUGGGUAGGUAGUAAAGUGAAACCUAUGACAAAAGCUAAGGUGGCAACGCACAAAGGAGUCUGCGGAGAGAUGUUCCAACCUGCACAUAUUGAGGUAUUUGCAUCAGAAUUAGCAGAUUUAUUGGAGACUGACAUAAUGAACAAGGUGAUGGCAGCAUCUGGGACAAAAUUGAAUGUAAGGACUUAGAGAUUGCCUUUUCUACCUACCCCGAAUGUGUUAAAAGUAGAAUAUAAUUUUACUUUCAACUGUACCCUUAUGCAAAGACAACAUGAAGAUUUGCUCAUAAGAUCAAGGAGGUAAAAUUAAUGUUCAUAUGUUGAGAGGGAAAAAUCCAAACAGCACAUCUCAAGAUUUUUUGACUGUCGUAGUAAUAAAGCUUGAAUUUUACAGUAGUAUGUCAAGUUCAUUGUUUGUUCAUCUGCCAGAAAUGGUCAUGGAAGUGACAAAGUAACUGAAUGAACGUUAUUGUAGUUUAUUUAAAAUAGCGUCUUUUUCAACUGUUUAAUAUACAAGGCAAGUUUGUGUAUGUUGUCUUUUGAUUCCUCUUUUUAUGUAAUGGUUAUUUUAACUGAAAAGGUAUUGUCAUAUAUGGUUUAGGGAAUUUAGCUGGUGUUCACUUGAACUGUAUUAAGAUGGCAAUAAUGAUGAACAUGUAUCACAAGGUUUCAAAUUGAAUUCUUUACAACUUUUAAAGAUAUGUUUUCUGUAUGAAGAAUACACUAAUUUUCAGUCAGUUUGAAAUCUCAGCCAAAAAAUGGUCACUGCGACUGCUUGGGUAACUUUACCUGCCCCCUGCUAACAGGAAUCUACCCAGUGCUAUAAAUAGUUAGGAAAUCAACAUCUAUAAGCUUGAAUUCUAGUAUUUCAAGUCCAGUAUGGUUAAAUCGAUAGAUUAGCCUUUACCUUUUUAUUGAUGUCUUGAAAAUUUGUUAAAUGGAGAUUUCUAUGUGUAGCCAUAAUUUUCAAAUUAAUUUUACCGGUAUACAGGGAUGAAAGUAUAACUAACUACUAAUGCUAUUACUUUUACUAGAUGUUAGAUCAUCACAGUAGUUGAGCAUGCAAGAAUGAUGUCCGAUUACAAAGACUGUGUCUUUACCAAGGUGAGCAGUAAAUUGCUCUCACUUUUCUGCUAGCCGGUUUACUUUGAAAAGCAGGGGAAGGAAUUGUUUGUGCUUAGAUGUGGAACAUUGUGCAUGCAUUUCAAAACCUGUCUAUAUCAGCUUGGAAAGUCACUUUUGAUAAGCAUUGCACAUCAAUUUUGAACCAAAUGUGUCUGUGGUGUUUGGCAAACGAGCCUAAUCCAUCUGUUCCAUUGCAAAUUGCGUGAAGAAAAAAUAUCUAAAUACCUAGCUGCCAGGAACUUGACCUGUGCUCUUUAAGUAAAAAUUAUGUGCUACUUACAAAAAUCUUCAGAAUGAACCUACUUUUGAAAAUUUCUUCAGACUCCCAAGCUUUUGUUAUUCCAUCAGUUCAGCCAAUAUGAAUUCAUACACCAGAUGCAACUUGUGUAUGCAGUCAAGUGUUGUGCAUAGGGUGAUACAUUUGUCUUGACGUCUUUUGUUGUUGCUAAGCUAAUACAUAACAUACUUUUGGUGGAAAACAUGAUCUUUGCCAACUAAACUCAUUCUUCACUCUCCAGAUAUGGUAAUAGUGCAUACAUUGUGUCGCUACUGAUAAGAUACUGGCAAUUUUACCUCGCCUGGAAUCAUGUCACUCUGUGAUCACGUGAGAUUGUGCUGGCUUUAACACAUGGUGUCUCAUGAACAGAUCUAGGUCCUUAGGUAAGAGUACUACCAGAAAGAUAUCAGCUUUAGGGUGGGUAGCACCUUUGAUGGCAGAAAAUCAUGGGUGUAGACACAAGGGGGCCUGGAAGGAAGGGCGCGUUGCCCCCCAAAAGAAUUCCUAUUGCCCCCACCCCCCAAAAAAGAUAAAAUAAAGUCAAUGGGUAUUGAACAAGCUAGGUUAACAAAAGCUUGCCCAACAAAACCACACCGCUGACAGCUGGUGCCCCCAUGUGCGCCCCAUGAAGUCCUAGCUACACCACUGCAGAGAAGGCACGUAAUUUCUUUGUGCUAUUAUAGGGCUCAGCAGAAUCUAUAUCAAACGUCACUUCUGUGAUGCUCAUUUAAUUCUAGGAUUUUAAUAAACAUGUACUUGGGGGCUGUUCAAAUUUUUCAGAAUUUUCACGGUCGUACAAAGCGUGUAUACGGAGGGGGGGUGUGUGGGCUGUAUACGACUUGUUGGAUCCGGUAAGAUGUUGAUAUCUCAGAAGUAUUCUCAUUCAAAUGUAAAAUGUGAAAUUCAAGAAAAAAACAAGAAUUUACGUAAUCACCGGUUGCGCACUGAAAGCUGGUUCCGAUGGAGAGUCAAAUCCGAAAGGUUCACAUGCAUCAAGCCCACAGCCGCCGCCACCCGCGCCACCUUAAGCGCGACCCGACCCGCCGCCGCCAAGUGGCCCAACCAUGGAGUCUGUACGUACAAUGCAAGUACAUGUGGUGUACGUACACGAGCCCAGCUUAUCACACGUCUCUCAGCUCAGCUUAGUAAAUACAGCAUGACACGCCAUUACUUCGAUUUUAUUUCGACAAUUCAGUCCCACAAUCGGGGAUUUCAGAGACGACGCGUCAAACGGCGACGAUGUAGAGUAUUGGGAAUAUGGCCAACUACAAUGUAUGUAACGUUUGACAUCGUGACACAUCGUUCACACGUGUAUCAAUGUUUAACAACGUAAUUUAUUAAGGGUUGAUAUGAUUUAUUUAUUGCCAAAUAUGAUUGGAGUAUAAUUUUCUACCUGUAGUAACUUUACAUUAGUCUUCAGCCAUUUCAAUAAAACUUGAAAUUUUUUAGGAA